AUGAAUAGCAAUGGUGAGUUGACCCGGGCUCAUACGCAUCUUUUGAAGCAAUUGUUUGGCUUCUUACCCUCUGCAUCACUAAGAUGUAUAGUUGAGCUUGAUAUACCCGAUUUGAUCCACAAUCAUGGCAAGCCCAUGACCCUCUCCGAGAUUAUUCGAGAACUUUCCAUAACAAACCCCAUCAAAACACGUUGUUUGGGCAGCAUCUUGCGCAUUUUGGCUCACUCCGGUAUUAUUGAGCAAGAAUCUGUAGGAUGUGGAGGAGACGAGAUGCAGGUGGCUUACUCGUUGACACCUUCUUCUCGUCUCCUCUUAAAAGAACAAAAUCUAAAUAUAAGACAAUUUAUAAUGUUUUCAAUGGGAAACAUCAUGGUUGCACCAUGGAUGUUGUUAAGCCAAUGGCUCCAAAAUGAUGUGUCGUCUGCCUUUGAAACUUAUCAUGGGAUGUCGUUUUGGGACUUUACUAUUGAACAACCAAAUUUUAGUAAGUUGUUCAACGAGGCCAUGACUGUUGAUUCUCGGCUGACAGCCGAGGCAAUAAUAGACGAGUGUAAGACAAUGUUUGUUGGUUUAACGUCGGUGGUUGAUGUCGGGGGAGGCACCGGGACUAUGGCUACGAUGAUAGUGAAAAACUUUAGUAACAUCAAGUGCAAAGUAUUUGAUUUGCCUCAUGUUGUGGCUGGUUUACAAAAUAGUGAAAAUAUAGAGUUCAUUGGUGGGGAUAUGUUUGAUGCAAUUCCUCAUGCUCAAGUUGUCCUCUUAAAGUGGGUUUUACACGAUUGGAGCGAUGAGAAAUGCGUAAGAAUAUUGAAGAAAUGUAAAGAAGCUAUAUUGAAUGACGAUGAGAAAGGUGGAAAGUUGAUGAUAAUAGAAAUGGUGAAAGGGGAAGAAGACGAGGCGAACUACCCAUUGCACCUAGCUAUGGACGUUCAAAUGUCGGCUUAUGUGAAUGGUAAGGAGAGGAGCGAAAAGGAAUGGUCAGAACUUUUCUUUGUUGUCGGCUUUACUACAUACAAAAUAACUCCAUUGUCGGGAUUAAAAUCACUUAUAGAGGUUUAUCCUUAA